AUGACAUCACCAGGACAUAAAAUAAAAGUAACACGUAUCCAUAAACUAUCAACAUCACAUGAAUUAUUAACUACGAGCAAUAAAUCCAUCCAAGAACAACCGAAAAAUCAAAACUUGAACAAUAAGGAUAUGGAAAACGAUCCAUCAAUAAAUCUCAGAUCUAGAAGAUAUUCAUCAGUUCACAUACAAAGGAUUAAUCGACCAUCGGCUAAUAAAAGCAAUGCAAGUCUUCCAUCAAAUGAUCUAACUCAGACAACAUAUUUGCCGUUUGAUUUACAAAUCACACAUUCAUCCCUAAGCAAGAAGAAAAAUUUAAUUCAGUGCUCGAUUAAAAGUGAUCAAAGAAAUCCAUUACCAAAUUAUUUCGAUAAGAUAAUAUCUCCGACAGAAUAUGUGAAAGCACGAAGUCAAUCUUUGAGCGAAGAGAAAAGAUUUCCCUCAUCUGUUCGUGUACAAAGAAUAAUUCGAACACCAACUUACGUGAAGCAAAUACAUAUACCAUUCAACGAUCAUUAUAGAAGUCAAAUAUCAGCACCGGAUGAAAUACGGAGUGCACCAAAUAAAUUAAACGAUUUAUUCUACAUACCACAACAUGAUCUCUCAACUUCGAUUUCGAGUACAAGAACAAUUUUACCUAGGGACGAAGAUGUUAUUAUAAGAGAUGAGGAACCUCGUUUAUUUACUUUCUACUGGAUUCUUGGACUACGACGACAAGUACAACUAGCACAACAACAUCUUCAACAACAACAACUACAACAAGCACGACGACUACAGAGACAUCCACGUCAACAACAUCGACAAGCUCAAGUACGACCACCUCAACAACCUCAAGCACAAGCACCUCAACAACCUCAAGCACAAGCACCUCAACAGCCUCAAGCACAAGCACCUCAACAACCUCAAGCACAAGCACCUCAACAAGCUCAACGACGACUACAUCGACGUCAACAAGCACAACGACUACAACCGUAUAUAUUUGCAAUCCAAAAGCUGCGACUUCAACAACUCCUAGUUCUUGUCAGCCAUUUAACCAUAAGUAAUUAUAUGUUUACAAUAUUAUUAAUUAUUUUAGGUAACGAUCUUCAUUGGAAUAAAACAGGUUCAACUAUUGUUGAUCAAUUCAAACAAGCGGCUGCCUUAUAUAUUGAUGCGAAUGACACUCUGUAUAUUGCUGAUUCCGGUGAGAAUCAUAUUCAAGAAUGGAGUCAUUGCGAAAAUGCCACGACAAUAGCUGGCAGUAAUAGUGGUACUUCAGGUUCAACUUCAAAUUUAUUUGACAGUCCUGGUGAUGUUACUUUUGACAAGUAUGGAAAUAUGUAUGUAGCUGAUCAUAAUAAUCAUCGUGUGCAACGUUUUGCUCCAAAUUCUAAUGUUGGCACAAGUGUUGCUGGAACCGGAAAUAAAUCAGGUGCAUUAACAGACUUAGAUCAUUUAGCAGCGAUUGACGUUGACGACAGUUUAAAUAUUUAUAUUGCUGAUAUACAUAAUAACCGAAUUAUAAAAUGGGCAGCUAAUGCAACUAAUGGUACUGUUUUAGUUAGUGAUACUCUCAUCGAUAAGUCCUACGACAUCUUACUUUCGCCUACUUCAACAAAUCAAGCUUACACAAGUAAUACAGACAAAGAUAAUGUAUAUUUAUGGACAUUUGGUAAUAAUAAUCCAACAGCAACUCUUAAUCAAGUUAAUGAUAGUACAAGUACUUUGAAAACCCCAAAAGGUAUGACUUUGGAUCCAUACGGUAAUUUGUAUGUUGUUGAUUCAGAAAACAAUCGAAUAGUGAUGUAUUGCGCCAAUUCAACAGUUGGCAUUGUGGUCGUUGGAGGUAGCAGUACAACGCCUGCACUUAAUAAACCAACAGCUGUUGCAUUAGAUUCAAACCUUAAUUUGUAUGUGGCCAUUAAUAAGGGUACUGAUAUAGCUGAAUUUAUUCGACUUUGA